UCUCUGUUCCAGCAGCCACCCUUUCAUAGUUUCAGAGUUUCAUCUACCAAGACUUUAUACCAACACCUGCCCUUAUUCUUCUUACUAAAAUUCUCCAUUCCCUCUUGAUUUUCUCACUCAAUCCAAUCUCUCCUCUUUUUCAUCGUAGCACAGACAUGGAUGUCCAAGGUCAAAGCAAACACACCAUCCCAUCAGGACAUGAGAGUCAUGGGGUUUAUUUAUGUCGUAGAUGUGGGUGGCCUUUUCCGAACCCACAUCCAAGCGCUAAACACAGGCGAUCCCACAAGAAGAUCUGUGGAACCAUUGACGGUUACACUAAUUUAAUCCAUUCAGAAGUGGUUUCAGAUGAUGAAAACCAUCUUGAUGACGAUAAAGACAAAACCCCAAGUCCCAAAAUUCAGAAGAAGACGAGCAUCGGCGGCGUCGGUGGUGCGAUUGGCGGAAGUUUCAGUAGAUCUGAGGAUGAAUCGUUUUUAGAUGCUGUUACAGAAUUCUCCGACACUACAAGUGCAGGAUCUGCAAACAAAACUCUGGAUAGAGAUUUGUUUUUUUCUUUCAAAGAUGCUGAACAUGGUGAUUUCAAGGUGGAUUCAUCUGAGGCAAAGUCCGAUUUACUUGAAACUAAUGGGAAAUCUUCUGAUGAUUUGGUCAAAGAUGGAGUUGUUGAACCAACCCUCAAACAAAGUGAUGUGUCCCAAGAAGCUCAAUUGAUUUAUGAUGUGGGGGCAGGGGUAAAGUUGGAAACAGUAACUUCAGAUGGAAUUAGUGAAGAAAUCAAGCAUGAGAAGCUUGAAUCUGAAUGUGAACCUGUUUCAGAAGUUGUCAAAGAAGCUGAAAUUGUUCAUGGUGCAGAGAAAAUCAAUGAAGAAAUCAAGCUUGAAAAGUUUGAAAUGGAGCAUGAACAUGCCUCAGAAGCUGUGAAAGAACCUGAAACUGUUCAAAGUGUUUCGGUUUUGACCCAAAAGGAGGAUCUUGGUGCACCCGAAUGCUCAAAAGAACAAAUCUUGGAAGUUGUGAAGGAACCAGAUACGGUUUUGACUCAGAUCAAGGAACAGAUUCAAGAAGUUGUGAAAGAACCUGAAUCAGUUUUGACUGAAAAGGAUGAUCUUUGUGCACCCGAGUCAGAAAAAGAACUCAGCCAUGAAGUUGUUGAAGAACCUGAAUUGGUUUUGACUGAAAAGGAGGAUCUUGGUGCACCCAAGUUGGAAAAAGACUUAAAAGAACAGAUUCAGGAAGAUUUCAAUGAAUCCAUUGCAAUUUUGACUGAAAACAAGGAUCUUGUUGCACCAAAGUUGGAAAAUUGCUCAACAGAAGAGAUUGAGGAAGUUGGCAAGGAGCCUAAAUCAGUUUUGAUUGAAAAAGAGGAUCUUGGUGCUCCUGAAUCCGAAACACAUUCAAACAAACACACCCAUGAAGUUUUUGAAGAACCCGAAUCAGUUUUGACUGAAAAAGAUGAUCUUGGAGCACCAAUCUUGGAAAAAACCUCAAAAGAAGACACCUUUGAAGUUGUAGAAGAAUCCAUCUCUGCUUUGAUCAAAAAGGAAGAACGUGAAACACCCAAGUUGGAAAAUGGCUCAACAAAGCAGAUUCAAGAAAGUGUCAAGGAGCCCGAAUCAAUUUUGACAGAAAAGCAGGAUCUUGAUGCACCUGAGUCUGAAAAAUGCUCAAAUGAACACACCCAUGAAGUUGUUGAAGAGCCCAAAACAGUUUUGACUGAAAAAGAUGAUCUUGGAGCAUCAAUCUUGGAAAAAAGCUCAAAAGAACGCACCUUUGAAGUUAUUGAAGAACCCAACUCAAGUUUGAUUGAAAAAGAGGAUCUUGGUGCACCCAAUUUGGAAAAACACUCAAAUGAUCACACCCAUGAAGUUUUGGAAGAACCCGAUACAGUUUUGACUAAAAAAGAGGAUCUUGAGGCACAAAACUUGGAAAAACUCCCAAAAGAAGCCACCAAAGAACCAAAAGUUGAUGAUUGUAUUGUUAAUGACAAGAAUACUUCAGGUGUUGUUUCUGAACCUAUCAUAGGCAAACUAAUAACUAAUCAAGAUUCUGGUGUUGAUUUAUCCAUAGAUUCAAGUAAUAGUCUUGAAGGAAAUUGGGGAUCAGUUUCAGUCCUCUCAACUGCUUCAUUUGAUGAUAAGCCAAAACUCAACUCUGGGAAGUCAGAUAACCAUUCGGGCUCAUCAGAUGUCUUUGAGCCUCCAUCUUUCAUGACUCUAGUUCAACCUGAAGGCAAAGAUCAGAAACAAUGUUCAUCUGAAGUGCAAGAUGCUCAAAAAGCUGGUUGGAUCCCAACAAUAACCAAUGUCAGCAAUGAAUCAGAAGAGAGAAAGAAGAAUGAGGAAGUUAUUGCAAAAGUGACAAAUUGGAGCACAGGGAAACACUCUGCACCUUUAAAGAAUCUGUUAGGUGAAGCCAAAUCACCAAGUGUUAAAGAUUCGGUGACUGUGGUUCAUAAAGAUGAAGGUGCAACUGAGAAGAUAAACCAGGAGUUGUUGUCAUCACCACCAAAGUUGAUUGAAGAUGGUAAGAAAGCAGGGAAGAAAGUCAAAGGUAGAGGUUUGUGGAUGCCAUUUGGUUGCUGUUCUUCGGUAAAUGUCGUUAACUAAUGAUGAUGAUGAUGUUGAUGAUGAUGGAAAUGUAGUGAUGUUGGGCAGUUGGCUAGAUCAGCCUUUUAUCGGUCUUGUUUGUUGCUAAAACCAUUGCUAGUUUUGUGGUUGUAUAUUUUAUAUAGUUGAUAGAUCAAGAUUGUUUCGUUAAGUGAUAUAGAAUGGCUGAUUUGUAAUCAUGA